AUGGUUGAAGCCAACUCGACCUACAUCUCGCCCUACCCUCAACAAUGGCUCUUCUCCCCAGCUCACCUAGAAGUGACCCCGAGCAGCGAGGACAACACGAUCCCUCUCGAGACUGAGUUGGAGGAUCGGAGACGAGGAGUAGACCUGAUCAGGCGGAUAUGCGAACGUUUGCCCGAGCUGGACCCUAGUCAAGUACCCGAAGUCAAGGCGAUGCAGCAUUCUUGGAGUCCGGCGGAUGCCAGACAUUGGGAUUGUACGCACGCAGAGUAUCAGUCCAUGCCAUAUGCUUCUUACGUGCAAUACGCCGCGGCAACGUUCCUGCAUCGAUUCUACAUGCGAUUCGCCCUGCAAGAUUUCCCCAUCAAGCUCAUCGCCCCGACAUGCUUGUACUUGGCGUUGAAGACGGAGGAGAUGACCAAGAUCAAGGUCAGGACGAUAUCUCAGGCGAUGAAGGUAGAACUAGGCUAUGAACGGGCUGAGAGCAGAACCUACACGGCUGAUCUGGUCAUCAAUGAAGAAUACCUCCUCGAAGCCUUGUGUUACGAUCUCGCCGUCGAACACCCUCAGGCGAUCCUUAUCCAGGGACAUAGAGCGUUCCAACAAGUUCGGCGAAAGAGUACCGCUAGAAAUAUCGUCAAUAGCAAUAAUAACAACAGUACGCCGAUCGGAUCGAACGAGGGGAACCAGACCCCGGCUUCGUUUUUAUCAUCAACACCAGGACAGGGAGGAAAGACGCCCGGUUCGACGUUAGGAGGACGGACACCGGGGUCGAAUUUGGGGAACAAGACGCCCGGGUCGGCUCUGGGAAGCGUCAUUGAUAUGGAUAUGGAUUCGCCCCUGCCGCGACAUGCGAACUUUAUCGGGGACAAGCCGAACGGAGGGGGAGGUCAGAGGGAAGACGGGGAAUUGGAUGGGGAUGCGAAAUUGAGCGAGGAAGAGGCGGAAGAGGUUUUGCUGGACCUGGCGACGGAGAUUUUGAUGGCUACGUGA